CCUUAACAACAUCGAUCCGUGGCGAUAUCCUCCUCACAGUCUCUUGUCACUCCUUCCCCCUACAACCUCAAACAGACACACUGCCAAAAUGCGUCUCACUUCUCUUCUGCCUGUCGGUGUCUCACUCCUGGCCAACAUGGUCGCCGCGGCCGACUCGGACGUCAUCGACCUGACCGCUGGCACUUUUGAGCAAGAGGUCAUGAACGAAAAGCUCGCUUUGGUCGAGUUCUUUGCUCCUUGGUGUGGACACUGCAAGAACCUUGCACCCCAGUACGAAACAGCGGCCACCACCUUGAAGUCUCAUGAAGCUGCUGAAGCCGUUGGAGGUAGCAUCAAGCUCGCCAAGGUCGACUGUACUGUGGAGCAGGACCUCUGCCAGGAGUACGGGAUCGGAGGAUACCCCACCUUGAAGGUGUUCCGAUCAGGUACUCCCACCGACUACACCGGACCCCGAAAGUCUGAUGGAAUCGUCAGCUACAUGUUGAAGCAAGCUCUUCCUGCCGUCUCAAAGGUUGACUCUUCCAAGCACGACAGCUUCAAGACUUUGGAGAACGUCGUUCUUAUGGCCUACUACCCCGAGUCUGGCGUACCCAAGGUCUUCAGCAGCCUUGCCGACAAGCUCCGAGACACCCACCUCUUUGGACACGUCACGGACCAGACUUUGGCUCCUCCCGAUCUUCCUUCCCACGGAAUCGUUCUCUACAAGAAGUUUGACGAGGGCAUGAACGUAUACCAGGGCAACCCCGACGACGAGGACGAGUUGACUGCCUUUAUCGCUGAACACUCGUUGCCGAUCAUGGACGAGGUGUCUCCUGAAAACUACGCCGUCUACGCCGAAGCCAACCUCCCUCUCGCCUACUUGUUUGUCGACCCUACGAGCAAGUCCCGAGAGGCUCUCGUCGAGGCCAUCAAGCCCGUCGCCAAGUCUUUCAAGAACCAGGUCAACUUUGUCUGGAUUGACGCCGUCAAGUUCGCCGAGCACGGAAAGUCGCUUUCGGUUCCCCUCGAUGACCUCCCCGCCAUGGUCGUUCAGGACAUGGCUUCGAAGGGCAAGAAGUUUGUGUUGAGCGCCACCGGAUCCAAGGUAGACGCCACUUCGGUCAAGAACUUUGUCACCGACUUUACCCAGAACAAGUUGACCCCUACCUUGAAGAGCGCUUCUAUCCCUACUUCUCAGGACGAGGCCGUCUUCACCUUGGUUACCGACGAAUUUGACAAGGUCGUGUACGACGACAACAAGGACGUCUUUGUCGAGUUCUACGCUCCUUGGUGUGGACACUGCCAACGAUUGGCUCCCAUCUGGGAGACCCUCGCCGAGCACUUUGAGGAGUUCACUGACACCUUGACUAUUGCCAAGAUGGACGCCACCGAGAACGAUGUUCCCCCCAGCGCUCCCUUCGAAAUCGCCGGGUUCCCUACCCUCAAGUUCAAGCCCGCUGGUGGCCGAGACUUUAUCGACUACACCGGCGACCGAUCGCUCGAAUCUCUUAUCGACUUUGUCAUGGAGAACAGCAACAACCCGAUCGAGGCCGCUCUCAGUGGCGACGAGGUCGAGGUUGGCGAUCUUCACGAUGACGAGCAGACCCCUCUUGAGGGACACGACGAGCUGUAGAUGGCUUUUCGAAUGUAGCUAGGAACAGGUUUGAGCAAUGAUGUGCAUGGAGAUGGAUCAUUACUUGCAAAAUUGUCUGGUAGCGACAUGGACAUGACGAAAGUCUUGGAUCACUAGCCAUCAUCGGAUCGGUCAUGGUAUCCUUUCGAUCUUGAGUCAUGUAGUCAAUUCCUUUGUGCAACAGCAAUGGAUCAUCGACCGCUCCGUGGA